GUAAACAUGCCUCCGAAUUUAAUAGUAAAAUAUCAAAUCUUGGCUGCCCAAAACGUCUUGGAAGAAAAGGCCAUUAAAGAAUAUCAUGAUAAAUGGGGAUUCCUCUUGGAUUUUGAUAAGCGCAUCAGGACUUCGUCUCAAUCGGAACGUGAACGUAAAGAGAAAGCGGAGACGGCGGCGGCGGCGAGGACGGGGGCGGGCAAGGAAAGGCGGCGGCGGCGGCAUGAGAAGCGCGUCUCAAAGUCAAGACAACCAAAGGAAAGGAAAUUGGGGACAUAA